GAUCGUUUUGAACGCUUUGCUUCUAGUCAGCAGUGGCCAAAAGAGAGUUGGUCAGUGAGUCUAAGCCCAUUGUUAACUGGUAAAGGUCUGCAGGCGUAUUCUAGUAUGCCAGCCGAGGAAGCUAAUAACUAUGACAACUUGAAAGUAGCCUUGUUGAAGAGAUAUAUUGUUGCUAGGAUGAAGAGAUAUUAUCAAAGAUGGAAAGAACUCUCAGAAGUUGAAGAUACAGUAGAAAGCCUCAAUGACCUCAUCAUACGAGAGCAAUUCAUGUCGACAUGCUCCAAUGAACUGUCAGUGUUCUUAAAAGAAAGGAAGCCAAGGACUGUUGAUGAGAUGACCAGGUUAGCAGAGCAAUACCUUGAGGCACACAGUGGGUCCCCAGUCAAGGGGAGGAAUAAUUUCAGAGUUGAAGCCUUUAAGGGAUCAGAUAAUGUGGGUGCAGAUUACCUCAGUAGGUUGUGUUAAAUAUGAUGUUUGUGCUAGAUGUUAUAUAAAGUUUCACAUUUGUAAGUGAAGAAGUGGUCAAGUUGUUUCAAGAGUUCCAUUGUAGUUAUUAAGUUUAUUAUAGAGUAAGAGUUCAUGUUAAACUAAAGUAGUUAAGUAGUUAAGCUGUUUACUGUUAUUAGUUAAGAUUCUUUAAAAGUGUUAAACAGUUAAGAGGUUGUCGUCAGACUAAUUAAUGUGUUGGUUGUGUAGAUGAACAUGUUGACGUUUUAUAUAAGUUGUAAAAGGGUUAUUACCGUGUUUGUAACCUCAACCAUUUAUUAAUUGAAAAACAGUAAAUGUUUUUCUUAGUAGGGGGUAGUUGUCAGAGAAUUAAGCUCUCCUGGGUGGGGAGAUCGGAACUGGGAAGAGAGAGGAGAGUCGGGGCCAUGCGGUGCGUUACUGUUUCAGACAGAGUGUGGAAGCGUUUUAAGCGCUGGACGUUGUAAUUAGUAGAUUCAUUGUUGGAAUAGACUGUGUUGAUGUUCCGUGGACUGCACUGAAUGCUUUGAUGCCAUAAAUGCACCAAGUUACGGCGUAAA